AUGGUGAGCGCCUGGCAUAAUAUUGCCAAGCUAAACACCCAUCUGGAACCUUUCAAUGUCUCUUUGCAUAAGUUGUUCACAGGUAUCAUUGGUGAUGGCUCGUCUAUAAGAUUCUGGAUUGACACCUGGCUCGACAAUGAACCAUUAUGUUUCUCUUUUCCUGCUCUUUUCAAGAUGGAGACUUCUAAGGGAUGCGUUAUCAAAGAUAGAUGUACAGGUAAUGGCUUGAUAUCUCAAUGGGAAUGGAACUGGUCGAAACCACCAUCCGCACCUGACGAACUCCAACAGCUCCAGGCUCUUCUCACGCGAAUUCAUGGACUCAACCUCACUGAUCAACAAGAUAAAUGGAUCUGGGCCCCUAAUCCGUCACAUCCCUUCACUGUUAAGGCAAUGAGAAACUACUUACAAUCUACCUUCUUUGGACCGAAAAAUUGGGCUUUCCCUUGGAACAAAAUAGCUCCUUUGAAGUCCAAUGUGCUUGCCUGGAAAUUGGAGAUGAACCGACUACCUACCAAAGAUAUGCUUCUCCAAAGGAACAUCCUAUCAAGCUCACCCUCCUGCCCACUGUGCUUUCAUCACGAAGAAACAGCAUCCCAUCUCUUUCUUGAAUGCCCUUUUGCUAAGGAACUAUGGUCUUUCAUCUUGUUAUGGUGCAAACUCCCACUGGUUAUACCUACCAUGUUGAGAGAUUUAUUUCAGCUACACAAGAACCCCUUAAUCGACCCUAAGAAAUCUAAGCUCCUCAACCUCAUUAUCUUUGCCUAUGUUGGGAUAAUAUGGAAGACUCGAAAUGACCGUAUUUUCUCCGGGAAAAAACCUUCAAUGAGAUAUGUAAAAAAAGAGCUCAAGUCCACCACCUUCCUCUGGAUUUCGAACAAAAUGAAACACCCCAAGAUUGAAUGGAGUCAAUGGAGUAGUUUUAAUUUUUAG